AAGCUCUUUAUAAUCUUUUGCCAUCGUUCUUCUGCCCUCCACCUCACCCUCCUCAGACCGCUCAGUCCUCUGCUUUCGUGUCCGGUGGCCCGACGUAAUCUUUCCGGAUUAUCCGACACGAACCGUAAUCCCUCUCGUACUCCAGGGAUUGUAUAUAGUAUCAGUUGAUUGAUGCAGAGCUUGUAGAGAAGACGGCCAUGGAGACUGAGAAUCCGGCGGACGUAGCUCAUCUGCAGGGUGGGGGAGGGCCGAGGGCUGGCUUCUGCGAUUUGAGCGACGACCCCUCCUCCCACUCGUCCGCCUUCAGCGAAUGCAACAGCGACCGCUCCGGCGAGUUCGCCUCAGCUUCUCCCCAGGCCCGGCGGCGGCUGCUUGUGGCCUGCACCUCCGACAGAGCAGAUGACAGCUUCAUCAGCCAGCUUGUUUCCGACCUCGGGUCUUGUUCCAUUGAAGAGCAGCGGUUGGCCGCUAUGGAAAUUCGCCUCCUCGCCAAGAACAAGGCUGACAACCGCCUCAGGAUCGCCCAGGCCGGCGCGAUCAAGCCCCUCGUCUCGAUCAUCUCGUCUUCCUCCGAUCCCCUGCUCCAGGAAGAUGGAGUCACCGCUAUCCUCAACCUGUCCCUCUGCGACGAGAACAAGGAGGCGAUCGCCGCCUCCGGUGCUGUAAAGCCGCUGGUCCGGGCCCUCAAGGUCGGGACGCCAACCUCCAAGGAGAACGCCGCCUGCGCCUUGUUCCGGCUGUCCCAGUUAGAGGAAAACAAGGCGGUCAUCGGGCGGUCUGGGGCAAUACCUCCACUGGUGGGCCUGCUCGAGUGCGGCGGGGCACGGGGGAAGAAGGACGCAGCCACAGCCCUCUACUCGCUCUGCUCGCUUAGGGAGAAUAAGGUCAGGGCAGUGCAGGCCGGGUUGAUGCGGCCGCUGGUGGAGCUGAUGGCAGACCUCGAUUCGAGCAUGGUGGACAAGGCCGCAUUUGUGGCCCACUUGCUGGUCACGGGGUUGGAGGAGGCCAGGGCGGCCGUUGUGGAGGAGGGCGGCGUUCCCGUGCUGGUGGAGAUUGUGGAGGUCGGCUCCCGGCGGCAGAAGGAAAUCUCGGUCGCGAUACUGCUGCAGCUGUGCGAGGACAGCGUCGUGUACCGUACUAUGGUGUCCCGGGAAGGCGCAAUCCCACCCCUCGUGGCCCUAUCACAAACCAGCACAAGCCGCGCCAAGCAAAAGGGUGAAUUGCAAAAAUAAGAGCACAAAUAAGCACCUUUAAGUCGAUUCAAAUAAUAAUGAUACGACUUCCUUACUUACUUCCUUAGAAUUUUUUGAAGUCGUUCCAAUGGAAACGAUAAUAGUUCGAUACGGACUGUCAGCAAGAAUAAAGUCGUGGAAACUUCCGACUGCAAUUGCAUUGCAAAGGGAGUGCCGUUCGAGUGAGCUGAUUGGUCGGUGGUGGGUCAUAGGGCAGCUGACGUGGAGGGCAUUUCUGAAAAUAAAAAUGUUGUCUUAGUGGUCGCUGGUGCUGUCGUAGAUGGGAGAGGGAGAGCUGCCGUGUGUUGCCACGUCAGUUUUUUGGUGGAAUCUGUCUUCUUAAAAAGCAGUCCGAGUGACUUGGAUUCGGGUUUUCCUUUAUUUUCAUUUUUCACUUUUCCUUUUCUCAUCAUACCUAGUGGAAACUGAGUUACUACAAUUGCAAAUUCAAAUUUCAUCGGGCUAAAAAUAUCUGAUCAGUCACGAGUUAUAAUACAAUUGCAAAUUGUGUUA